CCAAGAUGCACCGAAUAUCCAACAUGGCAGCCUACAUUGAAGUCAAUCUGUCAAAAUUUUAAUAUUCAUUGAUGUAAGGAGAGAACAAUUAAUAUAUUACAUCUUUAGUAUGUAAAAUACAAUUUAAUUUGUUGUGUAAUGAAAAUAUAUAUGUCUUUGGGUUGCUUGACUUCAAAUGGAUUAAUACAGAUAAUCUAGUGCUGGUUGAUAUUGGAUAUGUAACAUAUGAUAGUUAGUAGCUGGAUAGUUACUCUCUAUUUAAAAAACUUAUUUUAUAAUGCAUCAUUUUGUCGGUGUGUUAGCAAUGUAAAAACAUUUGUUCAUAAAAUGGGUAGCUGUGUUUGUAAGGAAAAGACAACUGCUCAUGGAGAUACUCCUACUCAAGGGAGAAAUCACAGUAGGCCUCAGAAUGAUACUCGGUUAGGUGUUUUCCAUCCAAGCUCUGCACAUUCAGAUGCUGAGAGUUCAACAUCAUCUGGUUACCAUGGCAGUCAAGUUUUGAUGUCAAGGACAGUUUCAAAGAAAACUGUACGCUCACUCGUCCUGGAAACACUGUCUGUAAUUAGAACAUUAAUUGACAAUGAGACAGAGCCACCACAGGCUAUGAUACAGCUUCACAAGAUCGCUGAGACAGAGACAGGUUGGCUUGAUGUCGCCAAAUCUUUGAUACAAGCCAUACCAAUGAAAGAUCCUUUAGGUCCUGCUGUGAUAACUCUCCUCUUAGAUGAGUGUCCUUUACCAACUAGGGAGGCGAUUAUUGAGUUGAGGAAGAAUCUCUGUUUGUCAAAGAAUGGUCCAGCUGCUGCGUACAAAGAAUGCUGUUGUCAGAGAAAUCUUUGUGUACUGCUAGGUUGCUUAGCUGAAAAAUUAGCAGGUCCAAACAGUAUCACCUUAUUAUCACCAGAAGUUUUAGAAUAUCUUAUUAGUAAUUUGACCAUGACUCAUCCAUCAGUUAUUGUUUUACAUUCCAUUGUGGCAUUAGAAAAGUUUGCACAAACCAGUGAAAAUAAAGUAACCGUGAUGAAAACCUUAUUGUCAUUAAAACCCAAUCCUUUACAAACACUAGAGACAUUAUGGCACGAUUCUGACCAUCUGAAGAGAGAAGUUGGCUUCUGUGCUCGCUGGUGUCUAGAUAACCUUUUUACUUCAGAGGGCAGAGCAUAUUCUUAUGAAAGUGAAGAUCUGAGUAAAAUCAACGUGAUGUUAAAUUGUAAUGAUGUCAGUGAAUAUUUGAAGAUUUCACCUGAUGGCCUUGAGGCGAGAUGUGACGCCUCAUCAUUUGAAAGUGUGCGAUGUACAUUCCAAGUGGAUUCUGGGGUGUGGUAUUAUGAGGUUACUAUAGUUACAGCAGGAGUUAUGCAGAUUGGCUGGGCGACCAAAGAUAGCAGCUUUCUUAAUCAUGAAGGGUAUGGUAUAGGUGAUGAUGAAUUUUCUAUAGCAUACGAUGGCUGUAGACAAAGAAUAUGGUAUGGUGCCCACAGUCAACCACAUAAACACCAAUGCUGGAAACCAGGAGAUCACCUUGGCUUACUGCUAGAUGUAGAUAACCAAACUAUUAUAUUUUCUCUAAAUGGAAACAGACUGCCUCCAGAGAGGGAUUUAUUUAUAUGUGCAAGGAGUGGUUUUUUUGCUGCUGCAAGCUUUAUGUCAUACCAGCAAUGUGAGUUUAACUUCGGUGCCAAACCUUUUAAAUACCCACCAGUGGACUAUGACUUUAAGUGCUUUAACGACUUUGGACAUUUGUCAUCAGAUCAAAAAAUUAUUAUACCCAGGCAUCAAAAGUUAGCUGAGUUACGGAAUGUACAAGUGAAGGAAGACUCUUGUACUCUCUGCUUUGAUAAUCAGGCUGAUCUUAUUUUAGAACCAUGUGGUCAUAUUGGUUUCUGCUCAACGUGUGCAUUACAGUUGGAAAUCUGUCCUAUAUGUCGACAGGAGAUAUUGGAACGUCGGGAAUUGUCCGGAUAUCCGGGAAAAACAUUUAGUGUAGUCUCUAUGCCUGUAAGUGCUGUAUCCAAAGACUCGACAAAAGACAGUGAAAAUGUUAGCUAUAACAAUGCUAUCGGAGCAAAUCUUAUGAAAGACAUAGACCUUGAUUCGAAAGACCGAACAAAACUGAAAAGUGUGAAAUCGGGACGAGAGUUCAAAACCGGAAUAGACAAAAAUGAAGGUAAAAAUAAAUCGGUGACCAGUGUAGAGAGCAACUCAACUAAAUCAUUAGAAUUUACAAAUAAUGGCGGAACAGAACUGUCAAAAGACACAAAAUUAAAUGUUGAAAAUGACACGCAUAUAGAUACUGGUUCAGACUCUGUUAGCUAGUGAUAGGAAUUGUUUUUUACUUUUUUAAUCAGGGCGGUUUCGGUCCCUCGCACACUUUGUUUAAACUGUAUUCAAAAUACUGUUAAGACUAGAAUCUGUGUUAAAGUAUUUAUUCUUACUUCUGCUAUGUCUAAUAUAUAAAAUGUUUCCAAGCUUUACUGUAACCUUUUUACUGCUAGAUAUUUAUUAAAUCGUUCAAGGCUUUUCUUUUACUCAUCAAGGUACAUUGUUAUUCAAAGCCUUUCUUUGUUGUUACUGGAAAAUGAAAUCAUUUACCUACAACACAAGUCUGUUAUUAUUACAAUGCAUUUAUGUUGGUUAGGUAUAGGGAGACAUUUUCUUGCAUUUAGUUUCUUCCAUGGUAAAAUUUGGAUUUUUGACAUUUAUUUUGUGACUUUAACAUUUUUUUUGGUGACAUAAACUUGUCAGGUUGUUGUUGUUUUUUUUGUCAUUUAUUUUUUGUUUGAAGGCUAGAAAUUUUUAUAGUGAAAGUUGAUGAAUUUAAAAUCUAACAUUAUAAGGUUAUAAAAAUUCAUUUAUUUGACAACAUUUAACUUUGUUACAUAUAGGUUUUUGUUAUUUGACCUCAAUAUUUUCACAUGACCUUGACAUUACAGUUUAAUCAUAUAUGAAGUGCAGUGUAUAAAUAUUUGUAACUCAAAACAAAAUAUCAUUAAUUCUACUUAACCCAUUAUGAAAAAAAUAUGAUUUUUUAUUUUGGCGAAUUUCAAGAAGUAUUUUACAUAUGAUGUCAAAUUUUUUGCACAGUGUAUUAUGGAUUUGUUGAUAUAAUUAUAUGAAUAAAUAACCAUAGCAGAAAGUUAUAUCUACUGAAAAAGCGCAGUUUUAGCAUGUAGUCUGCUAGAUUAAUUCUUCCCGGUGCUGGAACUAGAAGUGAUUAGCCAUUUGCCACCAGUAUAGAGCCAGGCCAGUCUGCACAUCCAAGCAGUCUGACCAGGUUUCAUACUGUUGACUGAAACAACUACAAAAUUUCAUCUUGAUUUACCCAAAAUUGAUAAUGGUCAGUUCCAAAAAUGAAAGAAGGGCAAGUCCAUUUAAGAAACACAGCAGGUUUAACUAAACCCCUGCAGAUGUGUUAUUAAGCUUUAUCUAAAGAAAUAUAUAUAAAAAAAAUAUUAUAAAUGGUAAAUUUACAUUGUUUCCAUAAUUUUCUGGUAGAUUUUUAAAACAGUUGUUGCAUAGAUGUCUCAUUUAUUUUACACAUAUGACUAUUAGAUGCAAUCAUAAUAAGAAUGUUCUAGAACAAAAUAUUAUGCUGCUUAGUAAGUAAUGUUUUAACCGUCAUGCAAAAUAUUUUCUGCAUACACCAUCUGCAAUAUAAAGGGAAAUAUACAAACCUAUUUCUUUCACACAGGUAUUUUUGGAUUUACUUUUUUUUUUCAAAAUUGAAACAAUAAUUUUAGCUAAAGAUUACUAUAUGCUGUAGAUAUUUAGCUUUAUACACUCAGAAAAAAAUGGUACUUUUAACCGUACACUUGCAAGUGCCUGUUUUAAGGCUUUCACCUCUAUAAUGAAAUUAUUUAUUUAUUUAACAUUUUAUAUGAAAAAAAAGUUGAUAUUUGUUUUCAAGUGUGAAUGAAAUAUAUGCAGCCAUAGAGAUAAUAGAAAAUAGGGUUACUAUCUGACUGAGAGUCAACUUUAUUGUUCAAUUUUAUGUUGUAUUUUACCAUUAUUACAUAGUGGAUAAAAAGUAACCAUGAAUUUAAAUAUUUUGUCAACAGACAUAAUAAAUAUUAGCAAAAAUACAUAAAUUUACAUAGGCAAUUUAGGAUUAUAAACACAAAUUUUGUGUUGGGUUGGGUAUAUAUUUUUUUAGCAUUUUUCAAUUUCACUUUUGUUCAUAUUCAUUGUUAACACUAGAUACCAUCUUUAGCUUAAACCAAAUGCUUUUGUGCCAUAAUUUUAGUUCCAACUAGCCUUUGCUCUAGUAUCUUCAGCCUAAAUAUGGUAGAAUGUUAAGUUAGCAGGAAUUCCCUCCCCUGAUAAUAUGUUUUCAGUUUAUAAGGGAUUACCUCCCCUGGUGUAUGUAUUUGCAGUUAGCAGGAAUGAUCUCCCUUGAUGAUUGUGUUUUCAGUUAGCAGGACUUAUCUCCCCUGAUAUCACACUAUUACCUAUGGCACUAUUGUAGCACCAGGUCAGCCUGCACAACAAGGAGGUCUGUCAAGAUUUUACUCAGAAUUAUACUACUAAAAUCAAUUGGGGCGUCCUGGGACCGAGUAGUUAAGGUCGUUGACUUCAAACCCCUUGCCACUCACCGCUGUGGGUUUGAAUCCUGACAGGGACUUUGGAUUCUUUCAUAUGAGAAAGCUAUCCAGCCUGAAAUAAUGCACGGAAGGGCAUCUGAGGUCUUCCUCCACCAGUAAAGCUGGAACGUCGUCAUAUAACCUAUAAUGUGUCAGUGUGAGAUAAAACUCAAUUGAACAAACAAACAAACUAAAAUCAAUUAAAUUACUUUGUGAAAUUUUUAACCAGACUUUCACAUCAAUUAAAAAAUAUAUUUUUCAGUUACUGAACUUUUGUAGUAAUUCAUAUUUUCUUUACAUAUGUGAAUGAAAUAGACCUAUUUCCAUGAAACUUCUAUUUAUUCUGCUUGAUUACUUACUGGUCCAUAUUUAAUUUCUUGAGUUUUGACCGCUAAAAUUAAUGCUAAUUAUGAUAAGAUUGGGAAGUCUGGCAUCAUCUUCAUGAAAGUGUUUAAGCCACUCAUGAAAAUAUAUCAUUUACUGAAAUAAAGAACCAUCUUAUAGCUUAGAUGCACACUUGUUCAAAUACUGCAUUUCUUUAACAUGAAAUAAAUUGAACUGGUAAUUUUUGGUCUCUGAAAACUAUAUUACUAUUUUAAUUGUAGCUAUAUCUCUUACGAAAGAAAAGAAAUUUACAUGUUUAACAAUCAGUCAGGGUCUUUUUGUUUAAGGUUUUUUUAUUGCUCUUCAUCUGAAAGAAUUCCUGUUCACUAUCAAAUCUACAAUCUCUUGUUGCUGGGUGGUUAUGAUGAAAUCUUGAAAUGUAGAUGAGUUUUUUGUGUGUUUUUUUUUUAGAACAAGGGUCUCUCAGUUUGGACACACUGUGUAUUGUUGUCAUUAUUGUAAUAAGUUUUAUGUUUUUGUUAAGUUUUGUUAGUGUUAAAUGCUAUGUUUAUUUAUUUUUUAAUCUUGCGUUAAAAACAUGACAUAUCUGUUUCAGUUAUACAUUAAAUUUAGUCACUUUAUGUGUGUUGCAUUUCUCAAAAUGUAGGACCAGUCCAGAAUCAGAACCCUCCCAUUGGUCAGUUUUGAAUAUGUGUUUUGAAUCAACCAAUCACAUGCAAGAGAUUUAAGACUGGAAUACAAUUUUAAAUGUGAAUUACCUUUGAACUUGGAUGAAGUUUUUGUCUUUUCAAAUAAUAGGCAUAAAUAAAUGAUAGGAAAAAAUAUCAUACAUAUAAAUUUGUGUCUUGGAAUUUAACUCUAAGACUAUUGGUGGCAACCGCUUCUAUCCAUAUUUCCAAGACCAAGAUUAGCUGACAUACUGGUUUGUCUGAUAUAAAGUUAUUAUACAUUGUUGAGUCAAAUACUGAAUUUUAUUGGAUGAGUACACAGAUGUCAAAACUAUAUUGGACAAGGUCCUAGCUGAGUCUGAUAUAGGUUUUUCAGCUGCGUACAAGUCCAGUAGAAUCAGUAUUGUUCUCAACCAUGUUAAAUGACCUUUAGUUCACAUCACCAUUUAUUAACAUUUUAAUAGAACUUUGUUAUUUCAGUUACAUUAAGUGGGUUUGAUAUGGAUUUUGGACACUCAAAAAAAUGAAAUAGAAGGGGUGCGAUAUGACUUUGAUAUGAACCUUUUGGACACUGGAAAUUAAAACCAGGCUAUAUUUGGUGACAUAUGAAUUUGUUAUGAACUUUUUGAACACUUGAAAUGAAAACCAGACUACAUAGUUGUCAUAUUUAUUUGAUAUCACCAAUUUGGACUCUAGAAAUUAGAACAAGGCAAUAAGGGGCAUUAUAUGGAUUUGAUGUGGACUUUCUAAACUCUGGAAAUGAAAAUGAGGCUAAAUUCCAAAAUGAUUUUAUUGGAACAUAUGUUGUGCAAUCGCUGAAAAUGCAUUGGUUAUAUUUUAUAAGGUGUGGAAUAAUGGUCUGUACUGUUUGCUACUCAGUCAGUACAUGUUUUGAAAUUUUCCCUAUAAGAUGAAUAGUUUUGUCCAGAUUGAUAGAUGGACAAGUCCAUUUUAAUAUUUAUUAAAGUGAUGAUGAUGUAAAAUUGGGAAAACUUGAAAUAACAUUAAUAAAAGCUAAUCACUUAAUAUUAACAAAAUAAUCUUGUCAAAAUUUGUAAAACGGAACAUUUGUAAAAGAUUUUUUUAGUUCAUCUUUUAUUACGGUAUGUUAGCUUAUUGUGCUAUCUAUUGCUUAUCUAAAAUGUGUUUAGAAUAUUAACUAAGAUUUUGAAAAUGACAAGUAUUCCUGCACAUCUUGGUACUGUAAUUUGAGAAUGAGAUAUUGAUUUAUUUUUAACCAUUUACUGUAAUUAAAAUAUGUUGUAUUUUAGCAUAUUUGAAUAACAUAUUGUUAUAUUCAACAUCUGUCUCUAUAUAAACAAAAAUUUGAGCCGCGUCACGACAAAACCAACAUAAUGGGUUUGCGACCAGCAUGGAUCCAGACCAGCCUGGGCAUCCGCGCAGUCUGAUCAGGAUCCAUGCUGUUCGCUUACAGACCCUAUAACAAGUAAGGAAACUGAUAGCGCACAGCAUGGAUCCUGAUCAGACUGCGCGGAUGCGCAGGCUGGUCUGGAUCCAUGCAGGUUGCAAACCCAUUAUGUUGGUUUUGUCAUGACACGGCUCAAAUUAAUGUAAUAUGAAAUUCAUUUUGUGUCUUUCAAAUUUGGUAAAAUAGAGCUAGUCUACAUAUAGUUAUAAUGCAGUGUAUGAUAUUAGAAAUAUGUACCUUUUUCAGUCUGAGAAUUUAUGAAAAUAAUUGCAAUGUAUAAAAAAAAAGGUAUGGCAUUUCCAAUGAAUCUAUGAAUACCUGUUUGUAAAGCAUCUGACUUUGUGGAUGUAUUUCUUAAUCUUACCCUUUGAAUUUUAACAGAAAUAUUAAAAGAUUUAUACCCUUUGUUUGGAACAUCAAAUUAAUAAUUAUCAGUUCAAAAUUCAAAGCAGAUCACAUCCAUUUAAAAAAUCAAGGACAAUUAGGGUAAAAUAAACAGUUUUCCAUACAUAUUUCUGCAUAUACUUUUUGCCAUAUCUUUAUAAGAAGUUAGAGGCAUUAUUCAUUUUGAAAGGACGCUGUUUCAUGUAAAUUUCCUAUUAUUUCUGUAGAAUGAUCUGUCUUACAUUGUCCAUCUGUUCUGUGUUUUUCUAUGAUAUAUAUGGUUUUCUAUCAGCUGAUCAUUAUACAGUAUCUGAUUGGCUAAUAUACAUUUCAAAGAUGCAUCUGAUUGGAUGAUUUACUUUUAAGAUGACCAAUGGCAGAAUUGCAUUUUAAACCCUCAAAUUAAAUGGGGUAGAUAUACGAGUAUAUAUAUAUACAUUGUACAUGUAUAUAUUUUUUUUCAUUGUAAACACAUAGUCUUCCUACCUAUAAAGAAUAUUGUUUUUGUUAAUUUUCUAAAUGUUAGUAGAGAUUAUGACUUUACUUGCCUUCACCUAACCUUUUUUAUUUUAGCCUUUUACCUUCUUAAUUUAUGUAAGGUAUUUGCGCUCCUUAGAAUUUCGAACAGUCCAUGUAAAGUUUCAAGGGAUUUCAAUAUCAAUAUACAAAAAUUAAACUUCCAUCAGUGAAGCCUGCCAAAAUGGCUCUGCACCAUUGGUAAAGGCUAAUUGAUUUGGUCCCAGCAAGUUAAUGGUUAAAUAUCCCUUAAAUUGACAAUGGAUCUUUCCAAACUUAAGUAGGAUGAGCCUAUGUCACAAUUAAUCAGUGAAGGUUAAUAAGGGAAAAACAGAUCUAUUUUAAAUUAUUGAAAUGGACAAUUUUGUUAAAAAUAUGUACAUGAAUAAGAAAAUCUUCCAAUUUUAAUUUACAUUUUUCAGGCUUAUAUACAACUCACAGAUGAAAAUGUUCACUAUUUAUAUAUAAUGUCUGUGCCGUUAUGUUAACAAAUUUACUUGAAAUGUAAUAAGUAAAAUAUUUUACAAUAUGA